AUGUCUGGUAUUGAGGUGAUAGGACUGGCCCUUGCCUUUUGGCCGGUGGUGGGAGCUAUGAAAGAGCUGUAUGAUGUUACAAAAGGCGGGACGGGUAAAAGCUUGGCCUUGACUAUCCAGGUGCAAGAGCGAAUAUUCAAGGAGUGUGUGCUCAAACUCUUGCAAAGUGACGAAGAUCUUUCGGAAAAGGACCGUGCCGGGCUUGCCAACGGCGAGAAGAGCUUUGAGAGCCUCUGGAAAGAUGCAGAGUUUAGCAGCCGGUUAGAGAGCCGGCUCGAUCCUGAGAUGUGCAUUCUGAUCAAGCAUCAAGUCGGCCAAAUCUCGAAGAUGGUAGCUAGCCUCCAGAAGCUUGUUGGUCCCUCAAAGACAGAAGGCCCCAAAAAGAGCGGUAGCACGAUCAUGACAGGCGUCAAACGCGUGCUUAGAAAGGACGAAAUCAAGAAGGGCAUCACCAGUCUCGCACAGUACAACGAUUCGCUCCGAAGACUCCUCGAAUCCUGCUCGAACACGGCAUAUGCUGAUGCGAAGCCGUCCACAGCCCGGACCCAUCACCGAAGACAGUCCCAGGAAGUUCGGCGGAGGGGAGAAAACACCCAAUUUUACAAUGGCUUUCAUGAAGUGCUUGGGAAGAGCUUCAGAUGCAACUGCUCCCGAGGCCACCAGGCAAAUCUGUCCGUCUCGGACACGUUUGUAAUGUUCCAGGCCGAAGAGCUGACGAGGGCAAUGUCGAGUUUCCGGCUCCGAGAACGGUCAGAUACGAUAGAGAGCGACGUCACAGCAGUUGGUUCGCCAACCUGUUCACCAGAUGAGGAGGAGGAUGAUAUGAGCGAGCUGAUCCGGUCCACAUGGUCGCCGGCACGAAACGGCAGUCAGGCGGCGCAGCCGUGCGAGCAGGCGGCGCUGCUGGUCAAGUACAGCGAGAUCCGAGGGGUGCAGAACUUCACGCCGAUCCCCGACCUCUGCCAGUGGAUCCACACGGUGCGCAUGUCGCCUCCCAACUCGCCCGGCAUCUCGGAGCUGAACGGGGUGCUGGGCAACGACAGCAAUCGGUACACGGUGCGAGCGCCACGGCAGAACGUGCCGAUGAGCAUUGUGCCGAUGGACCAGUGGCUGACAUCGUGCGGCACCGAGCGCAAGAAGCGGCGGGUGCGCGCAGAGCUGGCAAUGAACCUGGCGUCCACGAUCCUGCAGUUCUACCCGACGCCCUGGAUCGAGAGCUCGUGGACGUGGCGCAACUUUUCGGUCGCACAGGACGACUCAUCGCAUCACCUCGUCAUCACGCAGCGGUUCUGGUCCAUGGACAUGCCGCGGCACAGCCUCACGCCAGCGCCCAGCCGGUUCUGGCAGACCUUUUCAGACCUCGACCCGAUGCUCGUCCGGCUCGGCUUUGCCCUCAUCGAACUGGCCCUGGGCAGGCGGCUGUCGGACAUCCGGACAGACAACGAGAGAGGGGACGAGACGGACGUCGUCGUCGAUGAUGGCCGCCAGGAUAUGGAUCUGGCCGACUACUCCACUGCCAUGGCCAUCCUCCAGAGCAACGAGAUCCGCGACGAGAUUGGCAAUGCCUACCAGUGCGUGGUCGACGCGUGUCUCCGCUGCCGCGUGCUCAGUGAUGACGGCUUGAUGGUGCUCAAGUCAGACUUGGGACGAUUCGAGUCGGAUCUCGAGCAGUUUGUCGUCGAGCCGCUGCGAGAUUACCACUCUACCAUUUGGGGAAACAUGCCGGUCGCCACGUUCUGA